AUGUCAGAAAAAUUACAACGUCAAUGGGAUAUCUCUGCAAAGAACUACUCAACUGAAGGUCCAAUCCCAGUAGACCCAAGUGAAUCUGAUAAAUGGAUUUGUAGAUGCGGUCAAUCUGCUUCAUAUCCCCUUUGCGAUGGCUCUCACAAGCAAUACAACCAAGAACAUCAAACCAAUGUAACUCCUCUCAAGGUUGCCAAGGGUGAAGAUGUUGUCUAUGUUUGCAGAUGUGGUUAUUCAAAAAAUAGACCAUUCUGUGAUGGUGCUCACAACAAACUUCGUGAAAUCAAAAAGAAUCAAGAAUUUGAUGCAAUUGGUAUGGCCAAAUUCACAGCAGUUGUUGGUUUAUUCACUGCCUUUGCUGUCAUUGUAGCCAAGAAACUUCAAUAA